AUGGUGAAUCUCCGAACAAUAUGCCGAGUGCCAGUUGGCAACUGGACACAAACUAUGCGCGGAAUGAGGAAGUAUCCGUUCCCAGUGACGUUCGAAAGUAAACUUUUGUUUUUUGGCUGAAUCAUCUCUUCUCUCUUCAGAUGUACGUUUCCCACCUAACGGAGAGCUCAAAUUGCCAGCCAUGCCAGCAGAACCGGCGUACGAUGCAGAAAAAGGAGAGAAGAAGUAAGGUUUCAUUAAUUUUAAUCUUCAAAUUAACUCGAAAAUGAAACAAAACGUAAAAAAUAUCAAAGUAUUUCCCUUCAGAUACAAAUCCACGAAGCGAAUGAUCGAGGCGCGUGGAGUGGAAGAAGUGCAUACGGAGCUGAUUCACGAGCAGUACGGCUUGGCGGCCAUCUCCGGAGGCUUCAUCAGCUCCGACGAUUUCAAGUUCCUUCAAGAGCGCAUUAAUAAGAACCUAAUCGAUAAUCAGUUUGCCACGUGGCGCGUCGAUGCGCCAUGGCUUCCACGAACAAAGAAGGCGCAAGGAACACGUCUAGGAGGUGGAAAAGGAUCGAUUCAAAAGUAUGUAACGCCCGUGAGAGCAGGAAGAAUCAUUUUGGAAGUGGGCGGAUAUAUCACGGAGGUGGAGGCUAAGGCGUUUUUAUUGUAUUUGUGCGAAAGAUUCUCGUUCCCGGUGGAAUUUGUCAGUGAGCAAAUUAUCGCGGACAGACGGAGAAAAGCAGAGGAGGAGAGAAUUAUGAACAAAAAUGGAUUCAAUUGGGAUACGGUCAUUAAGUACAACAUGCAAAACUGCAAUAGCUGGCUAUCCAAUUACGACGUCGCCUGGAAGGGAAAGUAUCGAUAA